AUGGCAUUCAGUGACUUCGUGCUUGAUAUCAAUGCCAACACCCCGCCAGUCCUACUUAGCGGUGAUGUGGGACUUACGGUUAUGAUGUCCAUGCCGAAGAGCAUCGUUAAUCAGCAAGGCCAGUCGCGACAAAUCAUGUUUGUCCAUGCGGCGCGCGAUGGCCAUGUUCACGCCAUGAAGCAUGAUCUGGUGGGGAUUGUUGCUGAAAAUUCGUCGCCGCUUGGUGUUCAAUGA